GUGUGAGCUCAGCUCAGCUCCCCCACCCAGACAGGAGGCAGAGGCUAAAGGAGAGCAGCUGCUCUUAGACACCACUCCCUGGGCUCUCUGCUUCCAGUGUCAGUGCGGGUCGUUGUCCCCGUGUCUCCUGUGAGAGUGGGCACCUGUGGUGGCAGGUUUCCACCUCUGGUCCCCAUGAAUAUUAUGGAGAAUUCCAAGGAGCAGGAGCUGCAAACACUGGGGAGCAGAGUCUGGGACAAUCCUGCCUACAGCAGCCCUCCUUCCCCGAAUGGGACCCCGAGGAUCUGCACCGUCUCCAGUGUGGCUCUCCCUGAGACUCAACCUAAAAAGCCAGAAGUCAGACGCCAGGAGAAGACACCAAGAGUCCCUGUGUCCGGCUGCUGUCUCCUCAUCUGUCGUGGCAUCAGAGGGCUGUGGGGGACAACGCUGACUGAGAACACAGCCGAGAACAGAGAGCUUUAUGUCAAGACUACCCUGAGGGAGCUUGUGGUGUACAUCGUGUUCCUCGUGGAUGUCUGUCUGUUGACCUACGGAAUGACAAGUUCUAGUGCCUAUUACUAUACCAAAGUGAUGUCCGAGCUGUUCCUUCACACCCCGUCAGAGUCUGCAGUCUCCUUCCAGACCAUCAGCAGCAUGUCAGACUUCUGGGAUUUUGCUCAGGGCCCACUCCUGGACAGUUUGUACUGGACAAAGUGGUACAACAACCAGAGCCUGGGGAGCAGCUCCCACUCUUUCAUCUACUACGAGAACCUGCUCCUGGGGGUCCCGAGGUUGCGGCAGCUGCGGGUACGCAACGACUCCUGUGUGGUUCACGAAGAUUUCCGGGAGGACAUUUUGAACUGUUAUGAUGUCUACUCUCCGGACAAAGAAGACCAGCUCCCCUUUGGACCUCUCAACGGAACAGCGUGGACAUACCAUUCACAGAAUGAGCUGGGGGGCUCCUCCCACUGGGGCAGGCUCACAAGCUACAGUGGAGGUGGCUACUACUUGGAUCUUCCAGGAUCCAGACAAGCCAGUGCGGAGGCCCUCCAAGGACUCCAGGAGGGACUAUGGCUAGACAGGGGCACUCGUGUGGUCUUUAUCGACUUCUCCGUCUACAAUGCCAACAUUAAUCUCUUCUGUAUUCUGAGACUGGUGGUAGAGUUCCCAGCCACAGGAGGGGCCAUCCCGUCCUGGCAGAUCCGCACGGUUAAGCUGAUCCGCUACGUGAAUAACUGGGACUUCUUCAUUGUGGGCUGUGAAGUCAUCUUUUGCAUCUUCAUCUUCUACUAUGUGGUAGAGGAAAUCCUGGAAAUCCGCGUGCAUCGGUUUCGCUACCUCAGCAGCGUCUGGAACAUUCUGGACCUGGUGGUCAUCUUGCUCUCCAUCGUGGCUGUGGGGUUCCAUGUAUUCCGAACCCUGGAAGUGAACCGACUGAUGGGAGAGCUCCUACAGCAGCCAGACACGUAUCCAGACUUUGAGUUCCUGGCCUUCUGGCAGACUCAGUACAAUAACAUGAACGCGGUCAACCUUUUCUUUGCUUGGAUCAAGAUAUUCAAGUACAUCAGCUUCAACAAAACCAUGACCCAGCUCUCCUCCACCCUGGCUCGCUGUGCCAAGGACAUCCUGGGUUUCGCCAUCAUGUUCUUCAUUGUCUUCUUCGCCUACGCCCAGCUCGGCUACCUGCUUUUCGGGACCCAAGUAGAAAGCUUUAGCACUUUCGUCAAGUGCAUUUUCACUCAAUUCCGGAUAAUCCUCGGGGAUUUUGACUACAACGCCAUCGACAAUGCCAACCGAAUCCUGGGCCCUGUGUACUUCAUCACCUAUGUCUUCUUCGUCUUCUUUGUGCUCCUGAACAUGUUCCUGGCCAUCAUCAACGACACAUACUCAGAGGUCAAGGAGGAGCUGGCUGGCCAGAGGGAUCAGUUGCAGCUUUCUGACCUCCUGAAACAGAGCUACAGCAAGACCCUACAAAGGCUGCGUCUGAGGAAAGAGCGGGUUUCAGAUGUGCAGAAGGUCCUGAAGGGCGGGGAGCCAGAGAUCCAGUUUGAAGACUUCACCAACACCUUGAGGGAGCUGGGGCACGCAGAGCGUGAGAUCUCUGAGGUCUCGGCUGCCUUCACCAGGUUUGAUCGGGAUGGGGAUCACAUACUGGAUGAGGAGGAUCAGGCACAGAUGCGACAGGGGCUGGAAGAGGAGAGGAUGACCCUCAGUGCUGAAACUGAGAACCUAGGCCGGUCUGUUGGCCACAGCCCACCAGGUGAAUUGGAUGCAGAGGCUGCCAGAGGACGAAGCUGGGUCUCUGGAGAAGAAUUCGACAUGCUCACAAGGAGAGUUCUGCAGCUGCAGCGUGUUCUGGAAGGAGUUGUGUCCCAGGUUGAUGCCCUGAGCUCAAAGCUGAAGAUGCUGGAGAGGAAAGGGGAGUUGGCUCCCUCCCCAGGAAUGGAGGAGCCAGCUGUUUGGGAGAACCCUUAUAAUCCAUCCUAGUUGUCACUCCAGCCCCCUUGGGAGUUCAGGGUGGGCAAGAGGAUGGAAAGGGGGUCCUAAAGUAACAGACGGCAAGUUCUUCUCUCUAAGCCUUCCCACGGCAAGUUCUUCUCUCUAAGCCUUCCCACAAGCCUCGUCUCUACCCCCUGCCCCUUUGUAGGGCAGCAUGUCUCAUGAGAGCUGCUAUGGAAUUCCACCCUGUAUCUGGCCUUCUGAGUUAAUGCUAUGCGUGUAGCCAGGCAGUGUGCUUAGGCUUGUCCCUCGGUGUUUCUAUAUGUAGUUGCACAGCUCUGUAAAGUAGCAUUUCCUACCUGGCCUCUCUCUUCCUGGGCACUUACUUCUGCUGUAAUGAUUGACAUGAACAACAAACAAGAAAAGGGAGGAGGCAGCCACGACUUUCCCGAGGAACUCAGGCAGCCAUGAUGAGUCAAAAGGUAGAAGUUCAAAGAGUAGGCAAUGGAGUAGCUUACAUUCCAGUAACUCUUACCCUUCCCCAGUGUGUCAAGAUAUCUACCAUUGGCAUGCAUGGUUGUGUGUAGGGGGUCUUCCCUUUUCCCAUGGAGUUUCCCUGUAAAAGAGAAAAGGAAGUUGUAGAGGAAAGAAGAUUCUUGUGUGUUGAGAUUCCAACAGAGGAGUUAAGAGUGACCCCCUCCGGGUGAAGCCAGUGAAGGCUCCUCUGGAGGACCUGCCUUCUGAUUCUGGUGCUCCACUGACGACUUGGAACCAAGGAGGCUUCAAACCUGGAAUCAAACAGAACCUGAAGAAACCAAGCAAGAGAUGGUGUCAGGACUCACUGAUCUUUGGACUAAUGUGUGGUGGUCUCUGGCUCUAUUCAUCCCAGGACAAUGUGAGGUUCCAUGGUGAUUUAUCAAUAAAACUCUUUAGAAAACCAGGUCUUUGCAUUUCCUUCUG